AUGAGAACGCCGGUGGCCGGGAAGUGCUUUCUGGUGGCAGUGUGGUGCUUCUUGGUUGUUAGGAGUAUUGAGGGUAGGAAAUUGGAGGAGAAGAAUGUUAAGGAUGUGAAGAACCCAGAGUGGUUCUUUGAUGGAAUCCCUGGUUGGGUUGGCUGCCGCAAAGGUUCGACUGUUGGGCGCUCUUUCAGUUUUGGUAAGGGAGUGGGAUUUAGUUUCAGUUAUGGGAAGCUUGGAAACAAUGUAACAAAACCUGAUUGUGCCGGAAAAGGUGGUGGAGGUAGUGCUAAUAAUGGUGGUGGGAUUGGUGGGGGUGGAGUGGUUGGUGGGGUAGGUGGCAGCGGUAAACACCAUAAGAAGAAUAAGAAAAAGGAUCAUCAUCAUGGAGGGGGUGGAAUUAGUCAUGGAGGAGGUGGUGGUGGAAUUGGCAAGGGAAUUGGUGGCGGUAGCGGAGGAGAAGGGGGCAUAGGAGGCAAAGGAGGAGGAGGUGGUAGUGGCAAAGGAACUGGUGGAGGAGCUGGACAAGGAGGUUCUGGUGGCGGAAUAGGGGGAGGUGGUGGUGCUGGCGGGGGUAUUGGAGGUGGAGGUGGUGCGGGCGGAGGCAUUGGUGGCGGUGGCGGUGGAGGAGUAGGUGGUGGGAGCGGUGGCGGUGUUGGUGGAGGAAUAGGUGGUGGUGGAGGUGGUGCCGGUGGGGGAAUAGGUGGAGGUAGUGGCGGUGGUGCCGGUGGGGGAAUAGGUGGAGGUAGUGGCGGUGUUGGUGGAGGCAUAGGUGGUGGAGGUUGUGCUGGCGGGGGAAUAGGUGGUGGUGGUGGGGGGGGAAUAGGUGGAGGUAGUGGCGGUGCGGGUGGAGGCAUAGGUGGUGGAGGUGGUGGUGGGGGGGGAAUUGGUCGAGGCGAGGGCGGUGUGGGUGGAGGAAUAGGUGGUGGAGGUGGUGCUGGUGGGGGAAUAGGUGGCGGGGGUGGUGGUGUAGGCGGAGGAAUAGGUGGUGGUGGUGGUGUCGGAAAGGGUAUUGGAGGGGGAGGCGGAUUUGGAGGAGGCAUUGGCACAGGAGUUGGUGGGGGAGUAGGUGGUGGCUUUGGGGGAGGUACAGGCAAAGGAAUUGGCGGUGGAACAGGGGGUGGCGGCGUUGGAGGAGGUAUUGGAAAAGGAAUUGGGGGAGGGUUUGGAGCCGGCGGCGGUGUUGGCAAUGGCAUCGGUGGUGGUGGUGGAGGAGCUUGUAUCUUUGUGCAUUGCACUUAA